AUGGAGGAAAAAACUUCUCUUAAAGAAUUAGAUCAAUGGAUAGAGCAAUUGAAUGAAUGUAAACAACUAACUGAAAGUCAAGUGAAAACUCUCUGCGAUAAGGCGAAAGAAAUAUUAGCUAAGGAAUCAAAUGUUCAAGAAGUGAAAUGUCCUGUUACAGUAUGUGGAGAUGUUCACGGUCAGUUUCAUGAUUUAAUGGAAUUGUUCAGAAUAGGAGGAAAGUCACCUGAUACCAAUUACUUAUUUAUGGGAGAUUAUGUUGAUCGUGGUUAUUAUUCAGUUGAAACAGUUACUUUAUUAGUUGCAUUAAAGGUGCGCUACCGUGAAAGAAUUACUAUUUUGCGUGGAAACCAUGAAUCUCGACAGAUAACACAAGUUUAUGGUUUUUAUGAUGAAUGCUUGCGAAAAUAUGGAAACGCCAACGUAUGGAAGUUCUUUACAGACCUUUUCGAUUACCUUCCUCUUACUGCAUUAGUGGAUGGCCAGAUCUUUUGCCUUCACGGCGGUUUAUCUCCGUCCAUUGAUACUUUAGAUCAUAUAAGAGCUCUAGAUCGUUUGCAAGAGGUUCCUCACGAGGGUCCAAUGUGUGACCUUCUCUGGUCUGAUCCUGAUGAUAGAGGAGGCUGGGGAAUUUCUCCUCGUGGCGCUGGUUAUACUUUUGGACAGGACAUAUCGGAAACGUUUAAUCACUCUAACGGACUGACUCUCGUAUCUAGAGCUCAUCAAUUGGUUAUGGAAGGCUACAAUUGGUGCCAUGAUCGGAACGUAGUUACUAUUUUUUCUGCUCCGAAUUAUUGCUAUCGUUGUGGAAACCAAGCAGCUAUAAUGGAAUUGGAUGAUGCAUUAAAAUAUUCAUUCCUGCAAUUUGAUCCUGCGCCACGACGUGGAGAACCACACGUGACAAGAAGAACACCCGAUUAUUUCUUGUAA